CUGAAAACCCUGACGAGUCUGAUGAAGAGGACUAUCCGCUGUCAUAUCCUCUACGUUUUGAGGUAGAGACAAGAAUCAUUGGUCCUGAAGUGAUGCAUUCAACUGAAAGAGCUCCAGAUGUUACACAGCUUGGAAAUGAAUCAAGUCCUCCGACUCAUUCUCAAACUAUACCUGAAAACUUACUUGAAACUACUCCUGAAGUUCAAUGCUCUGAUAUCCCAAGUUCUCCUAUUGCAGAAGAAGAACCCAGCCUUAUUCAGUUUCCACCUGAUGAUUCAGUUGAUGUAGAGCCUGUAGAAAAAGAAUUGCCUUCGAACCAGAGCAACACGAAUGCGGAACCUGAGUCAUCCAUUGAACCUGAAGAAACAAAACAAACAGAGAAUGAUCAAGAAGAAGAACCAAUCACUUUAAGUGAGCCGACAACUAACAUUUCUCAAGAGCAGAAUGACACUGUAGAAUCAGAAGUUGUUCAACAUGAAAAGACUGACACUGAAACCCCAUUACUGACUGUAUCUGACUUGCCAGUUGUUCCCAACAUUGACACACCCUGUCCUACAGAGUCAAGUCCUGUAGAGAGUCCAGAUACUGUUAGUGAGCCAGAUCAUGACGCAUUGCGUAGAUCUGAACGUCAGAGAAGAGCACCCGCAAAGUUUACCUAUCCCCAAUUAGGCAAACCAUUUAUUUCUUUUGCCCACAGUAUUCUUGAAGCUUUCAACAAUGCUUUAGUUGAAACGUUUGAGGGUAACCCUUUCCCACGGGAAAAUGUCAUGAAGGGACUCAUGCCAGUUUAG